CUGUCACAUGACGGUCACAAAGUGAAGCAAGGAAAAGACUCGUGAUCCUGUCUUGGCAAAUUACUCAGCAUAAAACAUACUACCAGUCCUAAACUCUUCAUUUCUUUCUGACUGUAUUCUACGCUAAAUUAGUUCACAAUGAACAGACUAAUCGGAGGAGCGAGGAAGAAGGAGCCACCUCCUAAUCUAACACAAGUUGUUGCUGGGGUGGACAGUAGAUCCGAGUCUGUCGAGAAAAAGAUAGCAAAGUUGGACAUGGAAUUGAAGAAAUACAAAGAUCAAAUGAAGAAGAUGAGAGAUGGGCCAUCAAAAAACAUGGUGAAGCAAAGAGCCAUGAGGGUUCUGAAGCAGAAGAAAAUGUACGAGAACCAGCUGGAGGGAUUGCGUAAUCAGUCCUUCAACAUGGAGCAAGCAAACUUUACUACUCAAAUGCUUAAAGACACUAAAAGUACUGUUGAUGCAAUGAAAGGAGGACUGAAAGACAUGAAGAAAUAUUACAAACAAGUCGACAUUGGAAAGAUUGAGGAUCUUCAAGAUGAGAUGGAGGAUAUGAUGGAAACAGCAAAUGAGGUUCAAGAGGUAUUAGGGAGACAAUAUGGUCUCCCUGAAGAUGUAGAUGAAGAUGAUCUAGAAGCAGAAUUGGAUGCAUUAGGUGAUGAUUUUCUUGCUGAUGGUGACACAGACUUCCUUGACGAUACAGCCCUACCCAAUCCUCCUACUAAAGACCCUGUUGGAUCAGAUACAAUCAAAAGCAAAGAUGGAGUAUUACUGGAUGAAUUUGGACUGCCACAAACAUGAUUUGGAGAAUAUCAAUUUUUUAAAACAUUAACACAUUGUAUCUCUCUCUUUCUCCCUAACCUGUGUAGUUUAUGACUUUUAUUACUGUUUGUUGGACUGUAUAUCAGAUUAAAUAUUAUUAUAAUUGAUAAUGUAAAUGUAGUGUUAAUUAUUAAUUAUUAUUAUUAUGUGCUGUUAUGAGAACUUUUUGAUGAUGAAACUGAUAGUACUGGGUUUGAACCAGUGGAGUAUGAA